AUGGAUGUAAGGGAUAACUUCACCGACUUUACGCUGGCGUCGAACUACAUCAUGCAGUUGGCGAUCGACGAGUAUCAGGCGGAUCGCAACUGGACGCGGCUGAUCGACCGAUACUGGAAUCUUGUGGAGGACCUGAUCGGAGAUCCGCGCGCGAAGCAUCUCCCAUUCAUGGACAAUCCACUGCCGACGCUUGGGAUGGUGCUGACCUACCUCGUCUGGGUGCUGAUCAUUGGACCGACAUACAUGCGCGACCGGAAACCGAUGCAGUUGACAAACACACUCUUCUACUACAACCUUGGACAGGUCCUGCUGAGCGCGUACAUGUUCUACGAGCAUCUGAUGGCGGGAUGGGCACGCGGAUACAGUUUGACAUGCCAACCGGUCGACUACAGUGACGAUCAGCUAUCGCGUCGGAUGUUCAACCUGUGCUACAUCUACUACCUCUCGAAGCUGUCCGAGUUUGCGGAUACGGUUUUCUUUGUGCUGCGCAAGAAGAAGUCACAAAUUUCUUACCUGCAUCUUUACCACCAUUCGCUCACCCCAAUCGAGGCUUGGAUUCUGACCAAGUUCCUCGCAGGCGGUAAUACAACACUCCCCAACAUUAUCAACAACUUUGUCCACACGCUGAUGUAUCUGUACUAUAUGCUUUCGGCGAUGGGACCUCGCUACCAGAAGUAUCUGUUCUGGAAGCAAUUCUUGACCGAAAUACAGAUUGCCCAAUUUAUCAUCUGCAUCGGGCAUGCGAUCAACGCACUGCUUACGGACUGCGCCUACCCGAAGUUUAUCACCUUCCUGUUGCUUUGCAACGCUAGCAUAUUCUUCGUGCUGUUUAUGAAUUUCUAUCUGGAAAAUUACCGAAAACAGGCCACGGUGAAGGCGGCACAGGAAGCGACAGCUCUAGCAAUCUCUGGACAGCACCAAACCGUAGCCGCAGCAAGCGAGCCGUCCAAGAAACAACAGUGA